AUGUCUCUUGCAAUCCCCCGCACCACUACGAUCGAGCCCGCCUCCGACGCGCCGGAUCCACGAUUCCUCCCGCACACCCGAACCAUUUCGACCACCGACGUGGAUACGCUGGUCCCGACGCCGAUGACCAAAGGGCCUGGGAAGGACGCCGAGGUCGACAUUGUCGGCGCCAGCUACAAGCUGGAGAAGGCGACCGCAGGCGCCACACCGACGCAGUCUAGUUCCGCCACCGACCCCGAAGCCUGCACCUCCGACAGCGACGACGCACCACGCAAGAAGCUCUCUCAAGGACUCAAGUGGACCCUGCUUUUCAUCUUCGCCCUCGCAAUGUUCAUCGAUAUCCUAUUCUACUCGGCGUUCUUUGUCUUUAUGGACCUCAUCUCCCACGACCUCCACAUCGACUUUGCCCAACAGUCGUGGGUUAUCACGGCAUACAGCGUCACGUUCGCGGCCUUUCUCCUCUUCUGGGGCCGUGUAUCAGACCUCUACUCGCCAUCCCAGGUCUUCUCCUGGGGAUUUGUCGCGCUGGGCGUCCUGUCUCUCGUCACAUCCUUCCUGCCCGACAAGUACAGCUUUUUCAUUGUCCGCGCGCUGGCCGGCAUCUCUGGCGCCAGCCUCAUCCCUGCAAGCUACCGCCUCAUUGUGUUUGUGUUUGAACCUCAUGAGCAGCCUCGCGCAUUCACCCUGUACGGCAUCUCGGGUGCGAUUGCCAACGUCACUGGGAUCAUCAUCGCAGGCGUCAUCAACCUUAUACCUGGUGGCGGCCAGAUGAGGAGCUGGCGCUGGUUCUUCCGCAUCGUCAGCAUGAUUAUCCUGCCCAUCGCGGCGUCGUCCUUCUACCUCAUCCCAGCAAGCACGGGCAAGGACGCGAAGAAGACGAAGCAAAAGUGGCGCCGACUCGACCUUGUUGGCGUCUUCCUCAUGCUCGUGGCCAUCGUGCUCCUCAUCCUUGGCCUCACCCUUGGCGCAUCGUAUGGCUGGAAAAAGCCAGGUUUCCUCGUCCCCUUCUUGCUAUCAUUCGCCCUCUUCCCCGCCUUCUUUUACUGGGAAUCUCGCCUCGACGACGACAUGGCUCUCAUUCCAACCAAAACGUGGAAGAUCCCGAACAUGGUCGUCCUCACCAUCUUUGCUCUCCAGAUCUACGCUUGGUGGGCAGUCAACUACCUCGCCCAUGUCCAGGUCUACACGAUUGUCUACCACGAGAGUGCGAUUCUCGCCGCCGUCCGCGUUCUGCCUGAGGGAGUGUCCGCCACCGCUGUCACCCUCCUCCUCAUGUUUUUCCCUCGCCUCGUCUCUGUCCGUCCGCGCUACACCAUCCUUAUCGGCACUGCCCUUGGUGCCGUCGGGUGUGCACUCAUGGCCCAGCCAAACAACUGGCAGAAGGACUACUGGCGCUACCUUUUCGCCGGAUUUAUUCUCGGCUCGGGUGGCACCAUGGCGUCGUUUACUGGCGUUAAUGUCGGCGUCAUGACUGCAGUGCCGCCUGAGAUGGCGGGUGUUGCGGGGGCUAUUCUGCAAGUUUCCUUUCAGAUGGGCACGGCGGUUGGCUUUUCGGUGCAGUCUGGGCUCUUGACCAUUAAGCCGGGUGGGCUCACCAAUCCCACAAACGUCCACGCCAGCUUUUACUUUCAGCUCGGCUGGGCCGCGCUUUGGUUCCUCGGUUUUGCGGUGUUGUACCGGCCGUCAAAGAGCGGCAGCGACGAGGAGAACCGCAAGGUGGACGCGGAGUAG